UGUUGUUUUUUCUCAAAACGUCUUGUGUGUAAAAACAACACCGACAGCUGGUCCGGAAUUAAUAUUUCGAUUUCGUUUUACUAAGGAAUUCUCCGGCAACUUCCACGAAUUUUGGCUGCUUCAGAAUGUUGGUCAAUUCCUCAAAAGUUUUCGCGCAGGUGAAACAGCUUCGAGGAAUCUGUAGUUCGGCCCUAAGAUGUAGCGACAAUCUUUUCGUACACCGAGAUACGCCCGAAGAUAAUCCCAGCAUUCCGUUUGAGUUCACGGAGGAGAAUAAAAAGAGAGUAAACGCCAUCCUGAACAUUUAUCCGGAGGGUCACAAACGUGGGGCCAUGAUUCCGCUAUUGGAUUUAGCACAACGUCAGCAUGGCUGGUUGCCGAUUUCGGCCAUGCAUAGAGUGGCCGACAUUCUGGGUCUACCCAACAUGAGAGUCUACGAAGUAGCGACAUUCUACACCAUGUUCAUGCGGAAACCAACGGGAACCUACCACGUGCAGGUUUGCACCACUACUCCAUGCUGGUUGCGUGGAUCCGAUGAGAUCAUGGCCGUUUGUAAGGAAAAACUAGGCAUUGGCGCAGGUGAAACUACUAAAGACGGUAAAUUUACCAUAUCGGAGGUGGAAUGUCUAGGAGCAUGUGUAAACGCUCCAAUGAUCGCAGUCAACGACGACUAUUAUGAAGAUCUAUCCGCAAAGGAUACCAUAGAAAUUUUGGCUGACCUGAAGCAAGGUAAGGUUCCGAGACCAGGACCUAGGAACGGACGAUUUGCAUCGGAACCCACAGGUGGACUGACAUCGUUGACGGAAGAACCGAAGGGUCCUGGAUUUGGAAUGCAAGCAGGUUUGUAGACGUAAACGUCAGCAUACGUGUAUUUACUAGUUUCGGAGUAAACUUGUGUUUCAAUUUGAAGUUAAAUAUA